CUUUCCCACAUUCCCUGUAAUAAGCUUAUGUCAGUCCUUCUUCUUUUUUCCUCUGUCACCCGGUAUUUAUCCCGAUUCUCCUGCUCGAAAGUCGUAGACUCUUGUUUCGGACAAACGACGUAGACUUCUUGUAAAACAUCGUCGCUUAGGAACAAUUUUAUAGGGCACGAUUGCAGCCAGGGCAGAUCCUCGAUGAGCUUUACGUCAGGAUCACGCUGAUUUCAUCAGGGCACGCAUCAAUUAAUGUCCUAAUCAUGACCAAUUUACAAAUUCCCCUGGGUUUCAUUAACUCCAUGAGCAAAGGAGUGAAGUUUUGAAGAGAGUCUUCUGGGCAAAUGCGCAUGAAUAAGUUUUCGGGGGACAUCGUAAAGGACGUACUCCGAAAAUUUCUUGAGUAGCUCAUUGCAUGGGUAAUGACGAGAACUCAAAGUACUUCUCAAGACAGAAAGCACUAUAAGUAACGAGGUGGAUUGCGAGGAAAUUGUCACAAUCCUCGCAAUUCAUAUGGUGGUACUCCUACGAGUUCUCCCGGAAAGCUUUCGACUCUCCAAGCUUUUGGGUCAGAAUACUUGUUGGUCUGCGCAUCUGCAGAAGCAAAUUUCAGACAAAAUGGUACAAGGAAUAGAGCCUUCGAAGGAAGGCUCCACACAUCUGUUAAUCGAGGGAUCGCAGCCGGAGCAACGAAGCUUGGACAACACUGACCUGUUUCUGGCGAGAAACUAUGAGUCCGCUUCAGAAUAGUGCAGGUGAGAAUGCGACCACAGUAGGAGGCUUCACUGAACUGCAUCACGCAGCUGCCAUGGGGCUGAAAACUGAACGGUAACUUCUAGUCGGUAAAUUGAAGGUGGAAGUGGCCACAUCCCGGGGCAUCACGGCCUUUCAUUUCGCGGCUUAUGGAGGCCAUGAAACCAUCGUCACAUCCUUGCUUCACAGGUAUGGAAUAAAUCCUGUUGAUGUUAAUGCCCUAGAUAAAGUACUGGGCAGAACAGCUUGGCUCUAUGCAGUAGGAGGAGAGCACCAGAGGGUCUUCGAGGAACUGAUUAAAUUUCACGAAAGUCUCUGUCUUUCGUCGAAAAAAGAAUCUGCCACUUCCGAGCUGGAGAAUUGGAAUAAGUACCGGGUGACAGAGGAAAAAAAAGAAGUGACGGAAACUUAUUACAGGGAAUAUGGAAAGAAUGUGCAGCGUGGGGAGGCAGAGGUUGGAUGCAGAGUCAAUGAUACGAGAUGACAUUUACCGCUAUCUGAAGUACUAAGGCUCAGGCAGGACACACGAUUUUUCACCUGGUUGCCACAAAGACAACGGAGAGGUACUGCACCUCCUCUCCAACUGCGCGAAGGCAAAUGUGAACAUCCUCACAGCCGAUGGCAGCGGAAUGACCCCUCUGCACUGCGCCAUCAGAGCGGAAUCCACGGAGACAUUCGACGUCCUGAUGUCUGACCUAGAAGUGGACGUGAACGCCAUCCUGAAAUCGAGAGUCAGUCUAGUGCGGUCGCCAUGGACGAAUCUGACAUUGCACACCUGGUGGACCUGGAAGAAAUCGGAACGGUUCCGAUUCUAGAGGCGACCUGCGUCUCCGACACCCCUCUCCACCUCGCAGUUCGCUGCUGCAGCUCCUUCACUCUGAUUAGGGAACCUCAUUGAGGAACUUUAUUGAUCGUGGAAGAUCUGCUAAAGAAAUCAAUGUCAUAAGUUACAAUCGAAGUUCGUUCUUCCUUCAACACAUGCUCCCAACAACUCAAUAGCUCCGAGUUCUUUGUGUAGUCAUUGAUCAGUUUAUCUGGAGGUGAAGUGACGAAAUCUGCAUGCUGGGAUGCUUCAAGAAUCAGAUACUCAGACUCUUCGAAUAGAUUGGUUCGAAGAGACAUAACUUCAAAAACAGAUAAUAUCCUUCCUCUGUCAUUGCCAGUUAAAGUCAUGUUCUAUAUUCAGUAUGAUGUAAGGAACUGUGUUUGAAUAUAGCUUGGUUUACUGACUUCAAGGAAAACUGUGUAGAUUAGUGGUAUCGCAUAGCAGGAAUUCGUUCCACAUUGAAAUUACGUUGUAUCUUGAGUGAAUUAUUUCGCAACAGGGAGUACAAGAUCACUUGUCAUCAAAUCUGGACAAAUCUCCCGAUACAAAAGCAUGCUACUAGUGCUGAGAAAGAAGAACGAUUAGUAUCACAACGGGGACGAUGGUUUGAAGAUGCACUCCGGCGUGCAUGAGCGCAGUGGAAAAAUCGUAGCAUACGUUGACCUUUCCGACUACUGUGCUGCAUCUUCCGCUGCUGCAGUCGGCUCUGGAGAUUCCCUAACGGGUCGAACAACAUGACAUGGUCGCACUUGUGGGGCUGGUGAAGGUUCACGAGAUAAUGGGGGAGUCCUUUAGCAAAGCUCUCCAUCAGAGGUAUCCAUGGCAUUCGGAACGCUGUCUGUAGUGGCCUCAUUAUGCGCAUCAGCAUUAACUGGUUGUGCAGGCAUCGCUACGGGACGGCAGCAGGAGCACCACUACAGGCAACAUCAAGAGAACUCGAAGCUCUGACUAAGGGGAGACGACCUCUUUAAUUGAAAGAAACAGUUGAUACUCGUUUCCAAAAAUAUCGAAAGCCACUUGGUAGGCAGAAAGAGCAUCGAUGGUUUGACGAUGCACUCUCUUCUUCCUAGUAUCACAGAUUGCAACAGGGUGCCACCGAUGGCGCGGUUCGGUUGAAUUUUGACAGAACUUUCAAAGAUAGCUCUUCUUUCGACCGGAUAGGAGACUGGAGGCGGCGUCGUGUAUGUCUUCAUCAAGGAUGGGCGGAGCGUGAAGCUCUGGACUUGUAUGGGUCCGCUUGUAAUGCAUUACUUGGCCUUCUUCGAGCGGUCUGGAGUCAAUCCUACCAAGGUCGGAGAUAUUGUCGUCGAAAUUACCCUCGCCCUUGGAUGGAAACGAGCCAUGAAGUGCAAAAAUGCCUGCUUCCUGGUCGGGUUUCAUGAGAAUAUUGUCUUCAGGACCGUGAAUUGACAGUGUUCCUCCGGUCUACAACCAAUCGCGUGUGUGGCUACUUCGAUCAAAGCUGGGUUUUACGAAAUAGUAAUUGAUUCAGUCACAAUAACACCUCUCUCCUACAAAGACAUUAAGAUCAUUUUUGCUCUUCCUAUUCCCAAUUCAUUGAUUUACUCUACAAUAGUUCACUGUGACAACAAGAGUGCUAUAAAACUUGUCAAAAAUCUAGUCUUUCAUGCAAGAAAUGAGCACAUUGGUAUCCAGCAUCAUUUCAUCAGGAACGGUAGCUUUGAAGAAGAUCGAGGUCCGAUUCUUCUCCACAAAAUUACAGCAAGCAUAUAUGCUGACCAAGUCUCUUCCUAGGCCGAAGUUUACUCAGCAUUAUCUUGGUCUACGAAGUCUAGCAAGGCUACCUUUUGACUAAAGUAGAUGAUGAAGAUUUAGAUGUAGAGAAGUAGUUUUUAGAUCCUACGUUAUGCACUCUAGAGUAAGGGAGUGUGUUAGAACAAGUUAGAUACUGAACAUACUGUU